AUGAAAGAAGAGAUAUUCCAGGUAAGAGGGAUUUUUUGCUUUCGAUUUAACGGAGUUUUGUAUAAAUGUUAUCAUUUUUAGACUAUUGGGGCUCAUAACGGAUAUUAUAAAAGAAUGAAUAGUCCAACACCAAGAAGACUUAACUGGUUAUUGACCAAUGAAGAGAUCAAAAUGCAGGGUAUGUUGAUUUAUACUGUUUAUUUUUGGCUUAGAAGACGAUCUGGCACUGCAAACGAACGAAAAGAAGAUCUUCGGAAGGGCUUUUGUUACAAACUAUCGUCUCAGAUUUGAAGGGACUGAUGGGACGACCGUUGAUGUAACCUUGGGAAGUAUAUCCAAGGUAGAAAAGAAGGGAUAUUCGAAUGUAAAUAAGGAUCAUUAUGGUAUUGAAGUGCAUUGUAAGGUAGGGCACGCACAGACCUGGCAAACAGUCUUUGUUUUUAGGAUACAAGGAACAUAAUUUUCUUGCAUCGACCCGAAAAUCAUUCUAGAAGGCCUUUAUACGACCAUCUACAGCGAUAUGCCUUUCCUAACACUAACAAAAUGGUAAUACGAUAACAUCAAUUUAAUCAUAUUUCAGCCUUUCUUUGCUACCCUGUACAACCAGACGUUUGCAUUCGAUGGAUGGGCCUUGUACAACCCUAAAAAAGAGUAUCAGAGAAUGGAGGUCCCCACUUCUCUCUGGGAUGUGACCAAGAUCAAUUCCAAUUACGAGUUUUCCUCGACAUAUCCGGCAUACGUAAGAAGUUUAUGCAUUUUUAGACCUCUUAAGAUUCUAGUUAAUGGUGCCAACGUCAGCGCUACACUUGGGAGAUGGCUUUUUGCAUUCUGUGGGAGAAUUUAGAAGUAAAAAACGAAUCCCUGUAAGUCUCUCAACGUCUAAAUUAUAUCUGAAUCUUAGAUUCUAUCCUGGUACGAUCAUAACACCACUGUCAGUAUCACUCGCUGUGCUCAGCCAAUGGUUGGAGUGACAUCUAAGAAGUCUUCAAGUGAUGAAAAGUAAGAACAAAUCAUCAGAAAAUUUUUUUAGGAUGUUGCAAUGUAUACUUGAUGCAAACAGACGGAACGCCCGGCUCAAAAUUCUGGACGCCAGACCUCUUGUGAAUGCACGCGUGAACAGAGCAAAAGGAGGGGGAUACGAGGAUGGAUACCGGAACUGUGAUCUCGUCUUUCUGAAUAUAGAAAACAUCCAUGUGGUCAGAGAUAGCCUCAAGAAGGUAAAGGACGCAUGCUUCCCCAAGAUCGAUCACAAGAACUUCUACAAGUUAAUCGACGAGUCCAAGUGGUUAUAUCAUCUCCAAACAAUCCUUCAUGGAGCUCGGUUAUGUGCUCAAGACGUGCUAAUUCAUCGGAAAUCGGUUCUUGUGCAUUGUAGCGAUGGUUGGGAUAGAACCGCUCAAGUGACGGCACUGGCCAUGUUAAUGAUAGAUCCUUAUUACAGAACAAUAGAAGGGUUCGCCGUGUUGAUUGAAAAGGAAUGGUGCAGUUGUGGCCACAAGUUCGCACAUGUAAGAAAAGAUUUGAUAUUACAUUUAUGAAUUCAGAGAGUCGGACAUGGUCAAGAUAAGCAUAGUGAUGAAGAACGGUCUCCUAUUUUCCUGCAAUUCAUUGACUGUGUGUGGCAGUUAUACAAUAUAUUUACCCCCACUUUCCAAUUCAAUGUAAAGCUACUCAAAACGAUUUUGGAUGAGCUGUACGCAUGUAGAUUUGGAACGUUUUUAUACAAUAGCGAAAAGGAACGGAGGGAUCUGGUAUGUUGAGUUGUACGUAUAACACGCAGACUAUAGGAUGUCAAGUCGACCACAGUGUCUCUAUGGUCGUAUGUGAUGGAGAAAAGGUCAGAAUUUGAGAAUGAUAUAUACGAUCCAACCGGUCAAAUCGACAUAAACUUUUUCCAAUCCAAUUCCCCCAUAAUGACAAAACUGUGGACAGAGUAUUACUGUAGAUACAACGCCCAAGUAUUGCUGCAGAACGAUGAAGAGGUAAGUCCUUAGAAAAGAAAAGUCGUAUCUUUGCAGGACACAACCCUCCCUUCCUUAUCAUCCGGUAUUAUGGAAGUGACCUCCGUCUGA